UUAUACGCUGUCAUAAUUGGGAUCAACAAAUAUCAGCACAUCGAGCAUCUCUCUGCAGCUGUUGCGGAUGCCAAUGCCGUUCGCUCAUUCUUGGAGACAUCGAUGUGUGUUCCCAAGCAGCGGAUCUCGACUCUCUUAGACGAGGCAGCGACUCGCGCAAACAUCCUAGGACAGCUUCAACAGCUAGCCAACACCGAUGUUAUCCAGCGCGACGACCCAAUCCUGAUAUUCUACGCCGGACAUGGAGCACAAACUGAACUACUGGGAGGAGAAACGAUUGAGAUGAUAUGUCCGUAUGAUUUUCGAGCGGAUGGAGACAGUAAGGAUGCCAGUGCACAGGGCAUUCCAGACUUUACACUCGGUCAUCUUCUCAAUCGUAUUUCUAUGGCUAAGGGCAACAACGUUACCGUGAUUUUUGACUGUUGCCACGCCGGUUCGGCUACUCGG